UGCUGGUUUUUUAAACCAAUAUUUUGCUUCUCUGGAUUUUCACAUUGUAUCAAAUGCCUCUUUGAUGUUGAAGCUAGAUUGAUUUCACAACUAUGGAGUUCUCUAUAAACCGGGAAUGGCUAAUAUUAAGGUCUAUGUGGUGUGCUGGGGAGGAGAAACGAGUGGGUACCCGCACCGUGUUUGUUGGCCACCGCCCUGUUUCAGAAACAGAUGCUUACGUGGAACAGAAAUUCUGUGAUAACAGAAUUGUCUCAUCCAAGUACACGGUUUGGAAUUUUCUCCCGAAGAAUCUUUUUGAGCAGUUCAGAAGAAUUGCCAACUUUUAUUUCCUGAUCAUUUUCCUCGUGCAGGUCAUAGUAGAUACACCAACCAGCCCAAUAACCAGUGGACUUCCACUUUUCUUUGUGAUCACGGUUACAGCUAUCAAACAGGGCUAUGAGGACUGGCUGAGACACAGAGCUGACAACGAAGUCAAUAAAAGCAACGUCUUCAUUGUUGAAAAUGCGAAGCAAGUGAAAAAAGACAGCGAAAAAAUCAAGGUUGGAGACAUUGUAGAAGUGAAAGCAGAUGAAACUUUCCCCUGUGAUCUGAUAUUCUUGUCAUCGAGUAAUGGCGAUGGGACCUGUUACGUCACAACGGCAAGUCUGGAUGGCGAGUCGAAUUUCAAGACUCACUAUGCAGUGCGGGAUACUGCUGGUCUCCAGACAGAUGACGACAUAGACUCCCUUAUUGCUGCAAUUGAAUGUGAACAGCCUCAACCAGACCUCUACAAAUUUGUUGGAAGAAUUAACAUCUACAGAAGUAACCAGGAACCUGUAGCCCGGUCUUUGGGUCCCGAAAACCUACUGCUGAAGGGUUCUACUUUAAAAAAUACCAAGAAGAUUUAUGGAGUUGCGGUUUAUACCGGAAUGGAAACAAAAAUGGCUUUGAACUACCAAGGAAAAUCACAAAAGCGUUCUGCUGUAGAAAAAUCCAUCAACGCUUUUUUGAUAGUGUAUUUAUGCAUCUUACUGAGCAAAGCUACAGUGUGCACCACUCUGAAAUACGUCUGGCAGAGUAAUCCAUUUAAUGAUGAGCCAUGGUAUAACCAAAAGACAAACAAAGAAAGAGAGACGUUCAAGAUCUUAAGAAUGUUCACCGACUUCCUGUCGUUUAUGGUCCUCUUCAAUUUCAUUAUCCCAGUCUCCAUGUAUGUUACCGUAGAAAUGCAAAAAUUCUUGGGCUCCUUCUUUAUUGCUUGGGAUAAAGAGAUGUAUGAUGAAGAAAUAAGGGAAGGAGCACUGGUGAAUACCUCGGACCUCAAUGAAGAACUCGGUCAGGUGGAGUAUGUGUUCACAGACAAAACUGGAACCCUUACAGAAAACAGCAUGAAGUUCAUUGAGUGCUGCAUAGAUGGACACAAGUACAGAGGCGGAAUUUCAGAGGUUGAUGGGUUGUCUCACACGGACGGGCCCCUGAAAUAUUAUGGGAAAGCAGAGAAGUGUCGAGAAGAGCUAUUCCUGCGUGCUUUGUGUCUGUGCCAUACGGUUCAAAUCAAAGAAGGAGACAACGUAGAUGGAUUGAUAGUAAACUCGGGACCCAAAUGUACCUAUAUCUCCUCUUCUCCAGAUGAAAUAGCUUUGGUAAAAGGCGCCAAAAAGUAUGGUUUCACUUUUCUAGGACUUGAAGAUGAUUACAUGAAAGUCCAAAACCAGAAGAAUGAAAUUGAAAAGUACCAGCUUCUUCAUAUAUUAAACUUUGAUCCUGUCCGCCGUCGGAUGAGUGUCAUUGUGAAAACCAGUACAGGAAAGUUCCUCCUGUUCUGUAAAGGAGCAGAUUCGUCAGUUUUUCCGCGUGUGCAACAAGAGGAAAUACAGCAAACUAAAGUGCACGUAGAACGCAAUGCACUGGAUGGCUAUCGGACUCUUUGUGUGGCCUUCAAAGAACUAACUCCCGAGGAUUAUAACAAAAUCGAUAACCAGCUGAGUGAAGCAAGAAUGGCUCUGCAGGACAGAGAAGAAAAGAUGGCCAGGAUUUUUGAUGACAUAGAGAAAGACAUGCAUUUGAUUGGGGCAACUGCUGUUGAAGACAGACUUCAGGAACACGUUGCUGAAACCAUCGAGGCCUUGCAAGCAGCAGGCAUGAAGGUUUGGGUGCUUACUGGGGACAAGAUGGAAACUGCAAAAUCCACCUGCUAUGCCUCCCGGCUCUUCCAGACAAACACGGAACUACUGGAGCUGACCACAAAAACCAUGGGGGACGGCGAAAGGAAAGAGGAUCGGUUGCACGAGUUAUUGCUAGAGUAUCACAAAAAGCUGCUGCAGGAUUUUCCAAAAAAUAGGGGACACCUUAAAAGGAGCUGGACAGUGAGUCAAGAAUAUGGACUGAUUGUAGAUGGAUCAACGCUGUCGCUAAUAUUUAAUUCUGCCCAGGAUUCCAUUUCCAGUAACUACAGAAGCAUUUUCCUACAGAUUUGCCUGAAAUGUACAGCAGUUCUAUGCUGUCGCAUGGCUCCUUUGCAGAAAGCACAGAUCGUUAGACUGGUGAAAAACACAAAGGGCAAUCCAAUAACACUAUCAGUAGGAGAUGGCGCCAACGAUGUUAGCAUGAUCUUGGAAGCACAUGUUGGAAUAGGUAUAAAAGGCAAAGAAGGCCGUCAAGCAGCCAGAAACAGUGACUACGCUGUUCCAAAGUUUAAGCAUUUAAGAAAAUUGCUACUAGUGCACGGACAUUUAUAUUACGUGAGAAUAGCACACCUUGUACAGUAUUUCUUCUAUAAGAACCUCUGUUUCAUUUUACCACAGUUUUUAUACCAGUUCUUCUGUGGAUUCUCACAACAGCCACUGUAUGAUGCUGCUUACCUUACAAUGUACAACAUCUGCUUCACGUCACUACCUAUCCUCGCCUAUAGUCUACUGGAACAGCAUAUCAACAUUGACUCUCUGACCUCAGAUCCAAGAUUGUAUAUGAAAAUUUCUGAUAAUGCUAUGUUGCAGUGGAAGCCUUUCUUAUACUGGACCUUUCUGGGAGCCUUUGAAGGGCUUGCGUUUUUCUUUGGAGUUUAUUUUCUUUUUCAAAAUUCGUCAUUAGAAGAUCAUGGAAAGGUUUUUGGAAACUGGACAUUUGGAACUAUUGUUUUUACUAUAUUAGUGUUCACCGUCACUCUGAAGCUGGCAUUAGAUACUCGCUUCUGGACUUGGAUGAACCACUUUGUGAUUUGGGGUUCCUUAGCCUUUUAUGUAUUUUUCUCAUUCUUUUGGGGAGGAAUCAUUUGGCCUUUCUUGAAGCAGCAACGAAUGUAUUUUGUAUUUGCUUAUAUGGUGACGUCCAUACCAACCUUGCUGGCAAUAGUUCUCCUUAUCUUCGUCAGCCUUUCCCCGGAGAUUCUUUUAAUAGUUUUUAAAAAUGCAAAAAGGAAAACCCAUCAGAAAAAACUGAGCAAUAGGAAGGAAUCUGAUUCAUUGUCGUCCAGACCUUCUGUCAGACCUCUUCUUUUAAGAACCUUCUCAGACGAGUCUAAUGUAUAGUAACAGACCGUGCCCGUUAAUUUGCCUAUGCUAUUGUCCUACAAACCUAUGGAGAAUGGUUACAUCUCUGCAAGGAAAACAGAAGAUGCUGUUAAUAAUUAGUCACAAAGCUAUCAUCUCAGGAUACCUCAAAUGCAACCACUCUAAACACGGCACGUUAUUGUGCUGUAGGACAAGACAUAUAGGACAAGACGCAUGUUUGAAUUCACAGUUCUCUUUAAGGUGACACAACUAUUGUAAGCAGCCUUGUUGACCAAGCAGCUGUGAAGUCUGAAAACGGAAAAGUCUGGGACAUAAAAAGUCCACGGAAUCGGGAGCGGAGAAAAGAAUGUCAAGAAUUUGAUACAAAUGGAACAAUAGAAACUUCAGAUUUGCAUGGAUGGUCUUUAUGCCCAAUGAAGAAAAUGAGGCUCUGCCCCUCUGAUUCAUCCUACCACAGUGAAUGGCUACUAAAGUCUUAUUCAUUUGCCUGACCAAAGAAGUAGCACGGCCUUUCUGCUUCAUCACUGUCCUUUCCAACUCCCAUGGAAGGCACUGGAACGGCGCCCAUCGUGGAAGUUGGGUUGGACCCUACAUUAGAGCCAUGUUCUGUCUUCUUACACAGCUCCCAUUGCUUCUCAUGAGAGCUGUGCAUCAGCAACUGAAGGCAGGACAUGAGUGUUAGAAAAGUGAAGCUUUCAGAUCCACUCAGCAGAAAUACUGGGACACAUCACAGGACGGUGAGAAAUGUCCAGCAGCCUCCCCUUUCCUUGCAAAUAUCAGGGGUAAUGUUAUUAAAUGGUCUCUGUGUAUUAAAAUUCAGAAGUGCAUCCACCUAGACCUUUUUGAGGAGCUGAUCAAAAUAUUUGAAGAGUGUUUAUUUGGCAAGACUGUUUUUCACGUCAGCAGAUUUGUUUCUGAAAGAGAAAGAUCCACCCUCCUUCUGAAUUGGAAGUAUACAGAAUUUUUUAUUACUCAUGAAAAUCUCCUUAGUAAGGAAAGAAUCUUGACUAAAAGUUGCGUUGAGCCAGGUUUUCAGCCUGAGUGUAAGUGGGUCUCUGUGGUUGUGCUCACACUCUGGUGCAUGUAAUUGCAGUUGUUUGGACACCUUAAAUGGCAGUCAUGGGCAGGCCUUUGGGGGCCCACUGACCUUGAUUGUGCUUGCAAAUAAUACCAUAUACUAGCAAUGUCAACAUGUAGUCGACUACAUGAUUAACCGAUAAGCCUGGGUUUAUCGAUUAAUCCUAUUGACUGUGCACAUCCCUCCGCCAUCCCCCCUCCCCCCACCCUUGCUGCUUCUGUAUCAGAGGCAGCAAGAGGCAACGGAGAUGGGAGCCAACAUGUGUGGGAAGCUGUCUUUUAAGUUGGCCCUCCGUGUGUGCUGGCUGCUGCACAGGCAGCCAAGGGGAGGAGACAGGAGCCAAUGCUCGUAGGGAGCUGAUGUAAAAGCUGGCUCCCCAUGAGAACUGACUCCCUCCUAUCCCCCUCCUCCUGCAUGUAAACAUGUAACCACUAAAAUUUCAAGUGGUUACGCGUCUACACAAAUACCCAAUAGGUAACAUCCCUGCCAGUUACAUCUGCAAACUAUUAUUUGCACCAACAAAAAACAAGGUCAGUUUAAAAAAAUCUGCUUAGAUCAAGUUGUUGGAGUUAAGAUUUAAUAAUGCCACAUGUGCACAACAUAAACGUAAAAUGCAACUUCUAUUUGAUUUUGUUUUGUAGGGGAACAACAUUUCUUUGAUUAUAUAAAGCACAGAAUGGGCAUGGAUUAAGUGCAAUUGGCAUUUUAUUUUUUUAAUAUUUUCCCAUCAGGUUGACUUGUAAGGCCCAGGUUUCGCUGUGCCAGAUAAAGCAAAAUACUUGAGGGUAAUAAUUUUAAAAGUGUAUCAGUCCCAUUUUCUUAGACUCCCAUGUCUUGCUGAAAGUCAGUGGAAGUCAGACUCCUAAGUCACUUGGGCACUUCUGAAAUUUUUCCUUAAGGCUUUGGCACAAAGGGACUAGAAAUUAGGGGCUGGGCAGAAAAUUCCCGUCUCCAUGAAAUUUCGAUGGCCAAAAUAAAUUUUUGCCAAAAAAAAAUCAAUUCUCUCCAUUCAGAAGGUUUGGAAACUCUAAAACUGUAACGGAAUUGGCGCAGAUGUGUAUCAGAAAGCCGUGCACCUGAUUUUAUGCCUGUUGAUAGACUUGAUUUUUUAAAAAAACUGACAGGCUGUUCAGUCUCUUAGCCUCUCUCCUGCUGCCUCUGAAAUUGUUGGGGUAUUUCCUUAAGGAAAUCUGGAUGGGGGUCUGCUGCCCCUCACUAAUUGCAGGCAAGUUCUCCCCCAUGCAUAAGCAAUCACACACAGUCUGUCAUUCAUGGAUAGCAAGGGGAAAAAGUAGAAACUUUGCCUCUGCCACCCCUGUGUAUUAUGACUGCUCUGUGCUACUCCACAUGGAAGGGGGGGAAACAUGAGCAGGACUAGUGAAUUGGACACACCAUAGCUCCACUGACUUGAGACCCAGCAUGGAUAGGGGAGUGGUCCACCCCUUUCACUGCACUGCACCUUACCCGGCACCUCCCUGCUGCGCGUGGGUGGGAUUGCAUUCCCCUCUUACACCUUGUGAGCAAAUCCCCCUUUCCUUCCAUUCGCCGCAUGGUACUAGAAUGCAGCCUUGGAUUUUGUCUGAUCAACCAUGAAAAUGGCUAACAUGUUGUGCCUACACAUUAGAGCAUGAAGGGCACAGUUGACCAAUACUCUGACAAAACCACUUCUGUGCUUCAGCGCACGGUUCUCUUUGCUGAUCUGUUUACAUAGUCUUUAUAAUAUGGGCACUGAAAUGCGGACUUCCAGUGGGCUGAGACCAUUCCAGGUUGGGCGCUGACCGCCUCCUCAUCGUUUGUUUCGUGUAGCGUUCUGCGUUGUUGGGAUCUAAUUCUGCUCCAGCUGAUGCCAGUGGAAUUUUUGUUUUUGGCACCAAUGUCAACAGAAUUGUGGUAUAUCCUUAGGAGUACUGCAUUUUAAGCGUAAUCUUGCUUGAAACCAAAAUGUUCUCUUUCCAUCUCCAACAAACUAACACUGGUGUAGAGGGAACCAUUCACUAUAGAUGUUCAUCCAAAACUAAAACGGAUAUGAGGAUCUACACGAAUGGGCUGGAAUUCACCCAAAACAUCUAGCAUACCAGCCAUAGGGUUCUGGAAAAGCCAGCUUUCUUGGGCAAGAGCCUUAGCUGGUAUAUUGGUGUAGCUCCCCCACUGACUCCCACAGACCUAUGCUGAUUUGCACCAGCUAAUGUGAUGACCUGCCAGAUUCAGAACUAGCAACCCCCAAAUCCGAUUGCGUCCUGGGGUCCUGUGGGGAAGAGGGAAUAGAAGAAUUCAUUUGGGCUGUGUCUACACUAGGCGAUUAUUUUGAAUUUACAAUGUUCGACUUCUGGGUACCGGAUUUUACAAAUUCGAAGUUCUGUGUCCUCAUUACAGGGAAGAAUAAAAUGAAGUCCAAGGUAGCACGUUCACAUUAACUGAGUCUGCCUUGGACUUAAAGCUCCAGGAAGCACUUUGGGGGGUUGUGGGAGGCCUCCCAGAGAUCCAUUAAUUCAAAUUAGCAUCUACACUAACAUUAUUUCAGACUUACAAGUUAUUCCUUGGGAAAAGCAGGACUACAGAGUUCAAAUUCCCUGGCCCCUUAGUCUGGAAUAAUGGGUUUGGUAAUGUGGACGCAUUGUUUAGAAAAUUGACCUUGAGGGGCUAAUUUCGUACUAAGGUCCUCUUGUAGACCAGGCUUCUGAAAUUAGAGAGAGGAAGAAAAGGCUGCAACAGUUCUGCCUGAAAUUAGCAGUAGAAUGGCAAUAAUUUGACAGUAACACAAUGUCAUAAAAUAACACAAGUUGUAUUGUUACGGCACAUUUCAGGAAUAAGCUAAAAGGUCAGUCGGAACUUAUAGGUGGAAAAACUUGAAGGAAACUGGUUAAUGCUUCUAACAGUUCACUACAGAUUAAUCACACUGAUUAGUGACACAAAACUAUAAAUAGCUAGACUUGCUCAAAGUACUAGUGGAAAUGUUCAUAAACUCAAUCUGUUUUUCAAAACUUAACUUUUUUCAUAUGGGGAGAUUAAAAGUGGCCUGGAAUUAUGUAAGAAUUAAAAAGCAAUUUGCAUAAUACCUACUGAUGGAUGAUGUAAUUAAAAUCACUGUUGUGCCACUCAUCCAACUUCAGUUGUGGAAUUUUUUUAAACGACACAUAGCAUAGAAACAGGUGUAAAUUGUCCACAGGUGAUGAGACAAAACAUUUUACAGCUUCUUUUUAAAAAAUGGGACUGCAAACUUACUUUCCCCCCUCCAUUUAAAAUGCAAUUUUAUACAUAUGUUGCUUUAUAUAACAGAUAUUGAAUGUGAAUGUUACCUUUUAUGAAUGCAACUUGCCCUUUUUCAUUACAAAAACUUCUGUUUGAAGUAAUAAACUUUGGUAUGUUGUUCUGAUU